AUGCGCUGGCAUCCAUUUCCCGUCGCGUGUGGCGCGGGGCGCACGUCCGCGAGGCGCCGCGGGCACGUCCGCGCCGAGAGCACGUGCCGCGGCCGCGCGCCGUCAGCGUUUUCGCGCGAAUCUGGCGGCCAUUGCCAAGUCGAGUUGGCGGAGUUUUACACGGGGGGCCGGGAGUGCGUGAACUGCGGCGCCAUCCACACUCCGCUGUGGCGCCGCGACAACACCGGCCACUACCUGUGCAACGCGUGCGGCCUCUACAACAAGAUGAACGGCAUGAACCGGCCGCUCAAGCAGCCGCGGCGGCUGGUACAUCCGCCCCUCGCCCCCCUCGCCCCCCUCGCCCCCCCACCGCCCGCGAGACAUCCGCGCCCGACGUCCCUCCCAGUAGUGACGCUUGUGUUGGUUGCAGUGGCCGCGGAGGGGGCCCCGCCGGGCGCGGAUUUCUACAAGGGCAUCCUCCUCCAGGGCUAUAGCGGCGUGACGCCGCUCGCGCUGCCGCCCGCGCCCGCCGCGCCCCUCGCCGCCUCCACCCCCCCCGACUACAAGCAGAAGAAAGGGAUGGGUACCAAGCGGCCGGGCAUGUCGUGCAGCAACUGCCACACCACCGCCACCUCGCUGUGGCGGCGCAACGCGCACGGCGAGACUGUCUGCAACGCGUGCGGCCUCUACUACAAGCUGCACAACAUCAACCGCCCGCUCGCCAUGAAGAAGGACUCCAUACAGACGAGGAAACGAAAGCCAAAGAACAGUAUGAAGGGGGAGAGGAAUCUCAGUAAGAGCAGUUCGCACGCGACGCAUGGAGGGCACGCUGGCCACGGCGGCCACGGCGGCCACGGGGGCCACGGCGGCCACGGCGGCCACGGCACGCACACGCCGCACUCGGCCGCCUCGACCGUCAAAAUUGAGAACUUGUUGGAGGGCAACCAGGGCAUGGGCGUAGCGCGGGGCGUGGGCGUGGGCGUGGGCGGCGGCGCGGAGAGCCGCGCGGCGCUCGCGCUGGGCUACUACGUGCAGCACGCGAUCAAGCUGGACGAGCCGCCGCCGGCGCACGCGCACGUGCACGCGAACGCACACGCGCACGCGCACGCGCACGCGUUGGCCACGCACGGCGCGCACGCGCAGCACGCCGCCCACGACAUGUACGAGGAGGUGGAGUACCGGCGCGGCGAGCCCUCCGAGCGCGGCGCGGCCGUCUCGCUGGCCAGC